CAUCUGGAAACCACUCUUCCAGCUUUUGGCAUCAGAGUGGCGCACAACGACCUGCACAGCUAAACGAGGAGCGCGCCUUUGAAGAUGUUUGAUAGCCAAGCCACAAUUUCUGACUGAGUGACCAGCCUGCUUUCCAGUCGCCACCAUGAUAGCCACAGGUGGCCUCCUGCGCAUGAACCGGCGCCAGGAUUCACUCCGGUCCAAAAAUAGGGCAGAAAACAAGCGGAAGCGGAAAUCCAAGAAAAAGAAGAAGAAUGAUGUGGUGGUGGUGAAAGGGAAGCUUAAUCUCUGCUCGCCGGCUGGUAUGGUGGCUGCUGUUGGGGUCAUAGUUCUCAUGGUUGGGAUUUCCAUGGCUGUGCUGGGCUACUGGCCAAGCCAGAACCAGCAGGAGUACCAGGAGCGUCGGAGAACUGGAGCAUUCCACAACAGCAGGAUGAGCUACUCCAGAAGUCCACCUGCUUCCUCUAACCUGACCCACGAUAAGCCUCCCUCCAGCCAAACUAACGUAUUCAACCAGAGCCAAUCUAACAGCAGUAUCGCUGACCCCUCCCCCAACUGUGGCUUCCUCUGUGACUUCCUGGAUAAUUACUUGUACUCAGACAAUCUGAAAGUCUUCGGACCACUGGUGAUGGGAAUCGGCAUAUUUCUGUUCAUCUGUGCCAAUGCUGUCCUCCAUGAAAACCGAGACAAGAAAACCAAAAUCAUUAACCUGAGAGAUAUAUACUCCACAGUGAUAGAUCUACACAGCAUACGGUCGAAAGAGUACUCACCUCUUAAUGGCAUGGUGAACUACACCCAAGCAAGGAGUGCAGAGGGCCCGUCAGCAUCAUUCCCAGCAAGCGGGAUGCUUACUCGCAGCUCCUGGCCCUCAACAGGACUCAAUAUGAAGGGGGAGCUAGAUGCCGAUGAAGUAUUCAGGCGCUCAUCGUUGGCCAGCAGGCCACGUAGCUGGUCCAGAGAUGUCCAAACUUUCACAGACACUGUCUACAGCAUCUACAAAGACUACAGCAAUAGUAGUGAGCAGGCCCCCCAGCCUCGGCAGUGGGAAACCACCUCCAUCGUCACUUCUUCUGUGAAUGCUUUUACCCUUCCUGUGAUCAAACUUAACAACUGUGAGGUGGAAGAGUCAGAGAGAGCUGAGGCAGAAGAGCGCUCAGAGGAAGAGGUUGUUAUUGAGGCUGCUGCUGGCAACAUGAGUGAGGAGGGACAGGCCAGCAGCAGUCACAAUGAUGAGGUGGUUAAGCAGGGGGAAGCAGUGGUUGUGGACUCCCCACCUCCGCAUCAGAGCCAUGAGGACAUAACCACAGAGACAGUUAAUCAACAGGGGGUGCCGCAGGCUCAGCCUCAUCCACACUGGACCCAGCUGUUUCCUCCAGCACCUGUUGCCACGGCAAUGGGCUCACAUAUGUCACUCAAUUCCCUUACGGAUCAGCCGAGGCUUGCACGCCGCUGCAGCCUGUCUGUGUCUGGGGGUCGUCAAGGUGACAGAGCCAGGCGUUUCAGCUGCCCCCGUCUGGAGCGCUCCAACAGCAAGGGCUACAUCAAACUGACUGAUCUGGGGGGCGAGUCUUUCGAAGCCCCUGAUACAUACACUUGUUUGGUGGCCACAGAACAGGAAGUAGCAGUGGACACAGCAGCAGACGACGCAGGAGCUCAGGGAGAGGACAGUCUGGUGACACCCAGAACCUCUGGAGAAUCUUAGACUUUUCUUUUUGAGCUGAUGAGCCUCUUUAAGCUCUUUGAUGUCUUGUUCUUUUCUCCGUACCUUCUAAAACUGGUGAUGGAUAACUGGUCAUGAAAGAGUGAGGAGUGAAGGACUAUUGAAACAUAGCCAUGAACACUCAAGAGCAACGCUCUGUAGAAAUAAACCACAUCCACUGCUUGACAUUCAGAUGUAAUUUUUCUAUUUUUUCAAAGUAGCAAGAGCAAUACUGAAGACUUAAAAGAAGUUUUAGUAAAAGAUUUGUAAAAAAAAAAAAAAAAAACAGAAAAAGAAACAAAAGAAAAUCUGGUCGGGUGACUUUUAACUUUUCUUUUGUACAAUAGUAGGGCAAACAUUGUAGCUUGUAGAUUUGCCUGUCACUGAGAACUGCUGUCUAAAAUGUUGUACUGUAGCAUUGAGAUAUGCCACAGAAAACUAAAUAGCCUAGAUCUGUUUCUCUGCAUUGUCCUGUGAGUACCACGUGAAUAGGUGAACUGAACAGAAUCUCAGGUAGACAUUUGGUUUAGGAUCAAGACCUUAAGGACAGAGGUCUUCCCUAUGUGCACACUUGUUAAGAUGAAACAUACAUGGUUGAAUAAAUCUGACUGUAACACCACUGUUGGGUCAGACAAGUGUCCUCGUUUGAUCGUACACUCUCUGCAGUGAAUCGAGAACGGGUUGUUCGUUUCAAAUAGUUCAAAUUACAUUAAGAAAAAUAAUAAAAAGGUGGAAAACUGAUGCAAGUUGGAUUGUGACUGAAGUGACAAUUGUGUGAAUGGUAUAGAUUUUGUAGUCCUGAGCUGUAGUGGCAGUUCUCAUUACUGGGAACUGCACUGGUAUUGACGUUGCAUUAUGUGAGUGGACUGAACUGAAGCCAAUGCACUAAAAUAUAUGGUGGCAUUUACAACAGUCCUCUUGUCUUCUGCAUUAAAAAGGAGUGGAGAUGUAUAUGCUGAUUUAGCUGGGAAGCAAAAUAAAGAGAUAAAAAUCUGUUAGUAAAUGACUUGGCCAAAGUGAUUUACUAAGAGAGAACUGAAAAGCUCUGUCUAACAUACUUCUUUAUACAGUAUAAAUAGUAUAAAUUAAAUAUAUAUAAAUAUAUAAAUUUAUUUGAUGAACUGAAAAACAUUAAAUGAUGCCAAUGCAUACCCCAAUCACUUGUGCAGGGACCAAAACUGUAGCUGAAUGGCCCUUCAGCCCCCCAGACACACAGACACAUUUCCGUAUAACUGACUGACUUGCACAUCUGUGAAGGCACUAUUAAGACUGAAUACCAUAUAGAGAGCUUUUGGAGCAGCACAUGCUGCAAUCAAAAUGUCAAGUCACAUCCUGCAGG